UGUGUAACUUUAGCAUUGACAUAUACAAGCUUUGCCAAAUCGUAGCCCAGUCAUGCAGAUGACUGAGUUUGACAACACCACGGCCCAUAUGUAUCGAACAAAGUGCCAGCCUUACAAAAUUGCCGAGAUGGCGCUGACUCAACUCAGUGCACUUGCUGCAGAUUUUGACUACCAUUAUUCCUCUCAUCCGUGACAAAAGCCAACAUUAGGGUCUUGUGCUUGCACAUUGCUGCAGAGCGGACAAACCGAAUGAUUACUGAGCCGAAACAACAGGAAAUCUCCUCAGAGGAUCGACAACCAGGCACCCCCACGGAUGUUGUCAACACGACAUGCACUUCGUCGAUGGAUCAUACCCCUGUAGUUGACCUCGACGUCAAACAGGACGCGUCGACAUUGGAGCUUCUCAACUUUGACAUCCUGAUUCACAUCCUCUCCUACCAGUGCGAGAACUGGUUAAUUCAUCCUGCGAUGAUGAAGACGUGCCAUACGCUUUACACUUGUGGCAUAGCGUUACUGCUGAAGUCUCACAUAAACUUUGGAUGUAACAACGAGAGCCUAUUACCAAUGUUCCUUGACUUUGUGCGGUACGAUUUCUCUACCCGCGCUUCGUACUUACGGUCCUUGACCAUUUGCGCGAGUCAUCUUGCGGGGGUCGCGAAGGAACAUGUUGAUGGCUUUGUACGAGUUGUCGCCGCUGCUCGAAAUCUUGAGAACUUGACCCUCUUCACCCAUUGUUACGGCCGAGUUUUCAUCGAUUGGUCAGAGGCUUUUCCGGAGCUGGCUUCAUCAAUCAUGCCUUUAACUAGAAUGAAAAGGCUCAAGACAAUCGUAGCCCCGCACUCAUUGAAAAUGCUAGAAGGUCUCCUCUCGCCUCUUACAAUGAUGGAAUUGUUUUUCCAACGGGAAUCCUCCCUUGACCCUACACCUCUCCUGCGAAUUUCCGGCGGAUCUCUUCAAACACUUCACCUGUUCGGUGCUCGGGCACUGAAUGGCCCCUUCACCUGCCCUCACGUUGAAACCUUGAUGAUUAGCGAUGUUCUAUCUGGUGACAUCGACCACCUCCCUCAUUUCUUCCCGAAUCUGCGGAAACUUCGUCUCGUAACGGGAGAAAACAUGUGGAGCAUGGUCAAUUCAUGUAAUGAAUGCCUUCAACAGUCGUCGCGGCCCCAUAAAUGGACACAUUUGGAACACCUUGAAGGAUCACCAUCAGCCCUCUCAACUGCUCAAGUUUCUUGUCGAGUACAUCAUCUCGAAGUCAGCCCCAUCAUGGCAAUCCACGAGGUGGAGAGUAUCCAUCAGUUGGUUUCUAAUACUACGCCGUCCUCUCUUGCCAUUGAGAUCAACGUCUUUCUUUCUGAGGAUUCGGCGCAGGCGUUUGUUCUGGGAUGCAUACCAGAGUCGGCAUCGGAGCACUUAUCCCGCCUCAGUGUCAGUAUAGUUUUCGAGAGCGAGCAUGCAGAGAGUCGACUUCUUGAGUUUGGCAAGAUCUUAGAGAGCAUGUGUACCUUGGGUCACCGCUUACCUCCACUCUCGCACCUUUGCAUCCACGUAUCCGACCGCAGAAUAGAGGCCGAUGAACUCAUAGAAGUUAUAGAGCCGGCCAGUAUGAUGCGCGAGUUGACUGCUGCUGGACACCCGUCACUCCGCGAAAUCACAGUGUAUACCGGAGAGCGCGAUGUUCCAUCCGGUUGGAAACUAGACGAAUGCUCCGGAAAGAGAUCUUGGAUCCCAAUGUCAGUCGACGAGACUCUGGCGUUGCCAGUUCCCUUUGCGAGCUGGACGCGACCAGCGAUUGCACACUACUAGAGAAGGGUCUCUUCGCUCACCAUGCUAGUUCAAGCUUGGACAGAGUCCCUCUGAGUUCGAGACCAUGUCCACCUUCAUUAUAUGCGUAGCAGUACUUUCUAUCAUACAAGAAUUCCUUUCCGGGAUUGAAUAAAUACGUAGUCGAAUGAAAACGAAUGCUGGUAUUGCAACCAAUGGCUAUGCGACAAAAGAAAUCCAAAAAAGCAUGGUAUGGUAUGAUCAACGAACGAUGAUAUCGAUGCAGGGGGAUGCGAGAUAUUAUACAAGUACAAUGAGUUGAUUGGGUGGGAUAUACCAUUAAAUUGCGAGUAGAUGCGAGAGCCAAGAGAAUGCAUGCAA